GAUAGCAGGCAGAUCCUCGAGGCGGUGUGACAGGGCUGCCGAGGAGGUCAGAUAACAUGACGUCAUUUGGCACCACACCCUUUGCUGACAAGUUAAGGUUCAGAACCCCUGAGUUUCUUUGUUCUGCUUACAAUAAACCUGAUCACUCAUCAGGCUCUUGGUAAUCAGCUCCUCGGGAUACGAACAGGUAUAAAGAGCAGGAAGGUGCUGAUUGCUGUUGAUAGGAGGAGAUUAUAGAGACAGACACGAGAAUGCCCGCUGCAACCACCUCCUCACCGCCUGCAGCGGCCUACAGACCCUCAGCCGCGCUCAAAGUCGUCGAACACGGGUCCGGAUCGCUUGCAAAGCUGCCGGAGGUGCUCAAGCUGUUGAAUGUGACGAAGCCGUUUAUUGUCACCGGCCAGUCGGUUAGGGAGCGCACGCCGAUUAUUGAUAAUGUGCUGGGGAUACUCGGGAGAGACGAUGUCGUGGUUUUUAGCGCGAUCAAGCAGCAUGCUCCUAUUGCAGAUAUCCGAGACGCUUUGCGCAUCUUCAAGGAGUCGGGGUCGGACGGUAUACUCGCGAUCGGAGGCGGUAGCCCGGUGGACUCUGGAAAAAUCAUUGCAUACCAUCUUCUAGAGCAGUCCUCCACCAAAAUCCCACUGAUCGCAGUCCCGACCACGUUCUCCGUCGCAGAGACCACGCCAGCAGCCGGCUACACGAACGAAGAAGGCCACAAGACUACCGUGCUGGAUCCCACGAUUGCGCCCGAGGCAAUAAUUUACGACGCCGAGGUUUUGCAGUAUACCCCUUUGCGACUGCUGCUGUCUUCUGGAAUUAGGGCGGUGGAUCAUGCUGUCGAGACGCUUUACGCGACGAAUAUCUCAGAGGUGCCGUUUAAACCGCUCGCGUUAUCAGCACUUUCUGAUUUAUUCAAGUAUCUCCCGCUGCUGAAAGAGGAUCCUAAAAAUACCGAGAUAGGUCAGAUGUUGUUUAACGCGGCAUUUUUGAGCUUGUUUCCGAGGUAUACUCUUGAAGGUGGACUUGGCUUGAGCCAUAGACUUGGCCAUGCGCUCGGUGCCAAAUACGGGAUUCCCCAUGGAAUCACAUCAUGCGCCACCCUCGCCGCCUCUGUAAACUACAAAGCAACAAGCGAUCCCUACGCCGCAGCCCAACUCCAACGCGCGAUCCCGUUCCUCGGUCUCGAUCAAGCUUCAGACGCAGAGACCAGAGGACGCGCGGUGGCUGCUGCGAUAGCUCGUCUGGUGGACACGUUGGGACUGACUACGAAACUCGGGGAGUACUCCGUACCGGUCGCAGAUGUGCCCAAGAUCGCGCUGCACGCGGUUGGAGGGGAUCCGGAGAGCCCUGAAUAUGGUGCUGUGCAGGAGCUUGUUCGGUCGCUUUAUUGAUCGACGAAAACAAUUUGAAGCGAAAAAGGAUACUGUUCAUUAAUAAUUGCAUACAAAUAUUAUCAACCGUUACACCGAGGAAAAAUACAAGAAAUAAGC